AGGACCUCCCGGGUGAACGGUCUUUUUCUACUAGCAUCCACCGUUGUACUAGAGCAGAGGAAGUCUUGCUAUUGUCUUUAUUUCACUGCUGUCACUCCUACUUUAGCUUUACUAGUCGGCACGCACAUCGAUCCUGGCGAAUCGAAAUCGGCAUGAGUAGCCGAUAGAAGUUUAUUCCAAAAGUAGACUCAAACGAGGACCACUGCGGCCAUACGGUAGCAAGAGAAAGGACAAGAAACUCGGUGCAAGAAAAAUCACAGAUCCAGUUUUCGAAACUUCUCGUUCGGUUGAUAAAUGAAAAAACG